UAUGACUCCAGGCCAGCAAUCAGUUGAACGCACAGACUUAGGUGUGAUUGGAAUGCAGCUUUUGGGACUAGUAAAUGGAGAACCGUGCAAACUGAGUUUGGGUUUAGAUUUAAAAGAACGUGGGAUUUAUCCGCAAGAGAACAUGAAUUUGACGGAACAUGCACAAUACAGCCAUAACACUUCUUUGGAUCUCCCUAACUGGACAAAGAAUUUCCUGGUUGAUUCCUCCCACCCAUCAAGGACUAAUACUACCAAGCAGAAACUGACUUCCAGUGAAGUUCAAUCAAAUAAUGAAUGGAAAAGUAACAGUUCAAAAGAAUCCAGAACAGAUAAUAAAUUGGAGGCAGAGUUUGGGAGAAAGCAAGAGAGUGAAGAAUACCCAGUACAGAAUUCCCCUGACUCCUCUGAAUUGCAGAUGAAAGUGGACUUCUUCCGUAAGUUGGGUUACUCAACAGAACAGAUUCAUACGGUUUUCCAAAAGAUGGACAGUAACGCCGAUACCAACACCAUACUCGGAGAGCUAGUGAAGGCACAAGGCACUGUGGAAAAGGAGCAUACACCAGAAGAAGUGCCAGGACAUAUCCUAGUGCCUCGUGGAGGUCCUUCAGUCAAAGUCCCAGCUGGUGGACCAGUGACCGAAGAGGUCCAGGAGCAGGAAGUCAACUUGCGAACAGUUGUUAUAGAUGGCAGCAAUGUUGCUAUGAGUCACGGGAAUAAAGAAGUAUUUUCCUGCCAUGGCAUUCUGCUGGCUGUGAACUGGUUCCUGGAAAGAGGUCACAAAGAUAUCACUGUAUUUGUCCCAUCUUGGAGGAAGGAGCAGCCAAGACCCGAUGUGCCAAUCACAGACCAACACAUCCUUCGAGAACUUGAAAAGAAAAAGAUACUUGUCUUCACGCCAUCGCGGCGAGUUGGUGGGAGAAGGAUCGUCUGUUAUGAUGAUCGUUUUAUUGUCAAGCUGGCAUAUGAGACGGAUGGUAUCAUUGUUUCAAAUGAUACCUACCGGGACCUGCAGAACGAAAAACCUGAGUGGAAGAAGUUCAUUGAAGAGCGUCUGCUGAUGUACUCAUUUGUGAAUGACAAGUUCAUGCCCCCCGAUGACCCCCUUGGACGCCAUGGGCCAAGUUUAGAUAAUUUCCUACGGAUCAAGCCUGUAAUACCAGAGCAUAAGCGACAACACUGCCCCUACGGUAAAAAAUGUACUUAUGGCAUCAAGUGUAAAUUCUACCACCCAGAGCGAAUUAACCAGCCCCAACGUUCAUUAGCAGAUGAGCUCCGUGCUACAGCUAGGUCGUCUCCAACUAAGAGCCUCAACUCUGCAAACCCACACAAAGAAGAGAAAAAGGCAAGUGUGCAAAAGCGGCUGACAUAUACUGAAACUGGUCCUGCUACUUUUAAUCAAGGUGACAAUAUCUCCGGGAAGAGAGUCAGCCCAGAAAGACAAUACUCAGCACAGGUUGCAAAUCCACCUGACAGCAGUGCAAUGUUAAAAGUAAUUGCACAAACCAAGCGAUCAUCAAAAACAAACGCUGAAUGGUUUAACCAUGCAGCCUUUGACAACACCUCGACCAAUUCAGUGUGUUCAAACUCACAUAAAAGUUACGAUGAAGGCUUUGUGUCAUUUGAGAAAGAACUCUCUGACAUCUGGCCUUCUAGAUCUCAAAGUCACAGUGAGCCAUACUCUGUAAACAAUGGACAGUAUUAUUUGCCUACCCACAGUUUAGACCAUCGUCAAGACAGCUAUCAUUCCCAUGAGUCAAUGCCAUCAAUCGGAGUUUGUGGUUACCCUCCUCAAAACCCACCCAGUAGCUCACAGUGCUGCAUGGCCAUGGGCAGAAUGUCAAUCCAGCCGCAGUUCAGCCUGCCAAGUGACUUUAAUUCGCCAGGCUCCCAAAGACCACGAAGCUGUUGGCCUGACCCACACCAGAUCUCGUCGAACAACAGGUCAAGCAGUCUUCCGGAUCCUCAUGGGUGGGCAGUGAAAAGAUGUGACCCCCAGCUCAUGGAUCCCUACUGGAAAAAUAGCCAAUGGCCAUCACACGACCUUCGUGGAGAAGAACGGGAGACUGCCCGCAUGAAACUGUGUGCCAUCUUCCAACCGCACCUCGUGGAUACUGUUAUGAAACAAUACCCACACCUUUUAGAUCCGCAGGAGUUAGCUGCUACAAUUCUAGCUUAUAGAUCCCGAAACUCUAAUAUUUAAGGUACCACAUCACUAAGAGUUCACUAGUGUAUCCAAACAAAUUGCUCACCAUUAAUGUGAUAAUUAAUCUGAAUCAAAUAGAUUGUAGUGUACAGAUUUUACUUGCAUUAAUGUAUGACAUUUAUAGACAUAUUCCUAGAAUUCCUUGUUAAUUGAAUUGGUUUUACUGCAGUAUCUGUAGAAAAAGUCCAGUCAAAAUAUUUUAAGCCCAAUUUUUUUUAUCAAUACAGAAUAUGACUCUUGCAUUACGAUCUCAUUUAAUGUAGGUGAUAUAAGAGUAACUUUAUGUAAGCAUUUUUUUAAAAUGCACAAGCUGAAAAUAGCUUUGGAUAAGCAGCUGGGGUAUUCUCUAAAUUUAGUUUUAAUGAUUUGUACUGUAAUCUGUACAUAUUGUACAUACUGUAAUCAUCCUUCACUGUACAUAUUGUAAUCCAUGCAUGCUGUAAUUGGUUUAUAUUAUAUAUAUUUCAAUCUAUAUUGUACAAUGUAUAUGUUAAACUGUACAUAUUGUAACACAUAUAUACUGUACAUACUGAAUUCCAUACAUUUCAUGUCAUAGUUGUUGACUCCUGUUUAGUGGUGUCCUCACAAAUGAUACUUUUUUUGUGGGAUGGGUGUUUAUAUCUAUUUUGGCAGCACUGCUGUGCUUGAGGUGCAGAACCUGUAAAUUUUUCUGCACAUGUAUGUGAACUCAGUGGAAACAAAUUGUUAAAAAGGAAUUGCCUAGUGGGCCUUGUAUAAAGCUACAGUUUUGUUAUCAAUUAUCAAUUAUUGUUAUCGAAACAAUAGCAUCGCUCAGCCCACAAGCUGGAUAUGUUGAUACAUAUUGUAUCUUUACUAAGUUGUCGCUUUAAUUGUGUCGUAGAAAAUGUCUCAAGAGAAAGAUUUGUUUCAGUGGUGAAUGCAGAUGGCUCAUUUCAAUAAUGAAAAAUUAACUUCAUGUCACUGUUUGAAGUAGAAUCAGCCAUUAAAUUUGUUACACAUUUAGGAGCAGCUUGUUAGCUAAUUGAACUUUCAAUUUGAUUAGUCUUCGCAAGGCAGGAUAUGCACCUAGGAAGAAGAACAGAUCUUUAAUAAUGCAAGUGCUUUCUUAAUUGGCUGUCUUAACUUGCAGAAAACAGAGGUGUUUGUUGCAGGAAAUGAAGGGUGAAAAGGAGGCUGCAAACUUGCUUCUAAACUAUGCUUAAAUCUAUUUGGGAAUGAUUGACAAUGUCAGUAGGCCUGACAUCAUUGAUUUCAAUGAGCACCAAUUCAACCAUCUUACCAAAAAUAAAAUUUAGUGUUUCAGAUUUUAAUUGUAAACUGGUUUGCCCAUUCGAUGUCUUUUGCAAAUGAUUUAAACUUACAGUGACCACAGUCAGACUGGCUCUUUUUGAUGCUCUGGAACUAUUUAUCGAUAUCCAAUGAUUGAAUAUUAUUCAUGGAGUCAGUUCUGCACUCACCACUGAAUGGCAAUUGAAAUUGGCUGUAUUGGCACCAUGUGCUAGUCUACAGGUUGUAGGAAUUGCUAAUUUGGUGUACUUGACUCCUACACAAGAGGCACCUGAAAAAAUCAGAACUACAAAAUCAUUUGUAAUGGUUUUGUUCUAGUUAAGCAAACUGCUUAUAUUAAAAACAAACUAUGAUAAGA